CCUCGUGGUGGCCAAUUUUUCGCGACGUCAGAAUCCUCAACACCGGCUGGGAUUUCUCUUAGUUCUUCGGGAACGCGAGAACGAGGUGUACGUUCAUCGAAUCAGCAUCAUACAAUCAAAAUGCCCCGCGAACGUUCUUUCAUCAUGAUCAAGCCUGACGGCGUCCAAAGAGGACUCGUGGGCGAAAUCAUUUCCAGGUUCGAGAAAAGGGGCUACAAGCUGGUAGCGAUGAAGUUCAUGCAGGCUUCAAAAGAACACUUGGAGAAGCACUACGCCGACCUUGUCGGAAGGCCGUUCUUCAAUGGCCUUGUCCAGUACAUGUCCUCUGGGCCAGUUGUUCCCAUGGUUUGGGAGGGCGACGAUAUUGUCGAUACUGGCAGAGCCAUCAUUGGUGCGACAAACCCACUUCAGUCUGCACCCGGUACCAUUCGAGCUGAUUACUGCAUUAAGGUUGGCCGUAACGUGAUUCACGGUUCAGACUCUGUUCCAUCGGCUGAAAAGGAAAUUGCCCUCUGGUUUAAACCCGAAGAGAUCGCCGAUUACCAGAACUGCACCGAGAGUUGGAUCUAUGAAUGAUCUGCAGAUGCCAGUGGUCAAUAGUGGAUAUAUUUAAAUAAUACACUCGCCUUGAUCGAAAAAGUUCACUUCUCUGAAAAUGAGAACUGACGAAUUCAACUACUAAAUAAUAAAUGACUUAUUCUAUCGGAUGCACUAUCUUCUUCGGGACCAAC